CACACACACAAACACUCUUCAUCAAUUAAUUCCCAAACCCUAAUUAAUUCCAUUUUCGAUCACAUCUACAAUUAUGGCUUCCAAAGUUGCCCUAAUUUUUCUUCUUUCGAAUGUUCUCUUCUUUACCUUUGUGGCCUCAUCUCCAUCUCCAUGUCCACCACCACCACCGCCACCACCAUCUCCAUGCCCACCACCACCACCACCACCAAAGCUACCCCAACCUGGCUGCAAUAGCUGCACCAAGCCAGAUCCCAAUCACGAUCACCAUCACAAUCACGAUAAUGGCAGCGGCGGCAAGUGCCCUACUCUAAACUUGGGUGUGUGUGCCAAUGUGCUGAACCUGGUGAAAUUGAAGAUCGGAAAACCUCCAAAGGAGCCUUGCUGCAGCCUCAUCCCGGGCGUGCUCGAUCUCGAGGCUGCCCUCUGCCUCUGCACCAACAUCAAACUCGACUUGUUGGGCAUUGUUCACCUCAACCUACCACUCUCACUCGAAUUGCUUGUCGACUUCUGUGACAUUAAGCUUCCCAAAGACUUCAAAUGCCCAUCUUAAUUAGAGAUUACUUUUGAUCUACCUCGAUGUUUUGCAAUAUCUCUUUCACUUUUUUGGUUGGUUUUUGAUUUAUUAUUUUGAUCUGGUCUAGGGUUUGUCUGUUCUCCUCGUUAUCUUUGUUAUGUAAUAACAUUGCUGGCUGUAUAGAAGGUUUUUGGCAUUCUAGCAGAGUAGUCAGCAAUGGAUUUUUAAUUAGCCUUUGCAUUUAUUAUCAUUAUAAGUC